GCUGGCACCAUGGACUGGGGGACGCUGCACACUUUCAUUGGGGGUGUGAACAAGCACUCCACCAGCAUCGGCAAGGUAUGGAUCACUGUCAUCUUUAUUUUCCGAGUUAUGAUCCUUGUGGUGGCUGCCCAGGAAGUGUGGGGUGAUGAGCAGGAGGACUUUGUCUGCAACACACUGCAGCCAGGAUGUAAGAACGUGUGCUAUGACCAUUUCUUCCCAGUGUCCCACAUCCGGCUCUGGGCUUUACAACUAAUCUUUGUGUCCACUCCUGCACUGCUAGUGGCCAUGCACGUGGCCUACCACAGACAAGAAACUGCUCGCAAGUUCAGGCGUGGAGAGAAGAGGGAUGAAUUCAAAGACUUAGAGGAUAUUAAAAGACAAAAAGUGCGGAUCGAGGGAUCACUGUGGUGGACUUACACCAGCAGCAUCUUUUUCCGAAUCAUCUUUGAAGCUGCUUUUAUGUAUGUGUUUUACUUUCUCUACAAUGGGUACCACCUGCCCUGGGUGCUGAAAUGUGGCAUUGAUCCCUGCCCCAAUCUUGUUGACUGCUUCAUUUCCAGGCCAACUGAGAAAACUGUCUUCACCAUUUUUAUGAUUUCUGCAUCUGUGAUUUGCAUGUUGCUCAAUGUGGCCGAGUUGUGUUAUCUGCUACUGAAAGUCUGCUUUAGAAGAUCCAAAAGAGUCCAGACACAGAAAACUCACCCCAACCAUGCUCUCAAAGAGAGUAAGCAGAAUGAAAUGAAUGAGCUGAUUUCAGAUAGUGGCCAAAAUGCCAUCACAAGUUUCCCAAGUUAAACAGUUCAAGGUAAAAUGUAGCUGAAUCCUAAACAAACGUGAUUUCCCAUGGAGACAAUUCUCUGUCUAAGCCAGAGAGUUUGUCUUCAUAAAUGAUGGUCAUAGAUAGACAUUUAAGUUCACUUUUCAUAGAAUACUUUGCAUCGUUCACAUGAAACAUAGUUGAACACAUGGACCAUCUCUAAAAUCAAAUUCCUGAUGGUGACUAAGCCCAGAGGUUCCUUUAACAAAUCCCUUGUAUGUGGAUGGCCUCAUCCACAUAUGUAAAUGGGUGUUCCUUGAAUAUUGAUAAAUAUUGUGAAAAGC